GUAGCCAACACGGAGUUUUGACAAUUACGAUUCAUUUCACUCUCUCGCAGAAUUAUGACACAUCAGAUUUCUGAUAUUAAUUUAUUAUUUGAUUUGAUCAUUAAUUCACAACAUAAAAGAAAUAGUAAUAUUAGUUGUAGAGUGAUGACGAAUAACUAAUGAUUAAAAUAUAAAAAAAAUACUUAUAAAAUAGAAGUUGCAAAAAACCUUUUGCGUGUAAACGAACUUGUAUACCUAGGGUGGACAGUAAAUAAAAAUAUGUUUCACGCUGAGGUAAAAUUUAUUCAAUGAAAUAAUUAUUUUCAAGCAACUGAACAGAAAAUGAAUUGCUUAGAUAAAGCAACCGAAUACAUUUUAACUUUUCAGUGCAUUUAGAUUUGCUUAAAUAUAAGUACAAAUUGAGUUUAAUGUUGAAAACGGGUGUUCAGUUUGUUAUUAUGGCAACAUUAUAAUAACCUCAAAUUCUGCUUUUGUCAUCUUUGGCCGGUGGAUGUUUUGUUUUGCAAAUCAAUAUUUUAUUGAAAUAAUUAUUAAACCUAUUGCGUUCGAAUGUCGUUGAAUAUAUUCAGAUAAAUAAAAUCUAAAUCAUGACCACUAAUCCAAGAAAAGGCACCGAUCCGGUGCUUAUGGAGGAAAGUGACCAACUUACGAUAAGGCCUUUAGGCGCUGGUCAAGAAGUAGGCAGAUCAUGCAUCAUGUUGGAGUUCAAAGGGAAAAAGAUUAUGCUGGACUGUGGCAUCCACCCUGGUCUAUCAGGAAUGGAUGCCCUGCCUUUUGUGGACUUAAUAGAGGCUGAUGAAGUGGAUCUGCUGCUCAUAUCACAUUUCCAUUUAGACCACAGUGGUGCUCUGCCAUGGUUCUUGACGAAGACCUCAUUCAAGGGCCGUGUGUUCAUGACUCAUGCAACCAAGGCUAUCUAUCGGUGGCUUGUCUCAGACUACAUUAAAGUUAGCAACAUAUCAACAGAACAGAUGUUGUACACUGAGUCUGACCUGGAGAACUCAAUGGACCGCAUCGAGACCAUCAACUUCCACGAGGAGAAGGACGUCCGUGGUGUCCGGUUCUGGGCAUACAACGCCGGACACGUGCUGGGAGCUGCCAUGUUCAUGAUUGAGAUAGCUGGAGUUAAAAUCCUGUAUACUGGUGAUUUCUCAAGACAAGAGGACCGGCAUUUGAUGGCGGCGGAAAUACCGACAGUGCAUCCCGAUGUCCUGAUUACGGAGUCAACAUACGGCACACACAUCCACGAGAAACGCGAAGAGCGCGAGAGUCGGUUCACUGGUCUGGUCAGCGAUAUUGUGACGAGGGGGGGCCGAUGCCUCAUACCCGUGUUCGCUUUGGGGCGAGCACAGGAGUUGCUGCUUAUAUUGGACGAAUACUGGUCCCUGCACCCUGAGCUGCAGGACAUCCCGAUCUACUACGCGUCCUCGCUGGCCAAGAAGUGCAUGGCGGUGUACCAGACGUACAUCAACGCUAUGAACGACCGCAUCCGCCGCCAGAUCGCCGUCAACAACCCCUUCGUCUUCCGGCACAUAUCCAAUCUAAAGGGCAUAGACCACUUCGAGGACAUAGGUCCGUGCGUGAUCAUGGCGUCACCCGGUAUGAUGCAGUCGGGCCUCUCCCGCGAGCUGUUCGAGUCCUGGUGCACCGACCCUAAGAACGGUGUCAUUAUCGCUGGGUACUGCGUGGAAGGCACGCUGGCCAAGACGAUCCUGUCGGAGCCGGAAGAGAUCACCUCCAUGUCCGGUCAGAAGCUGCCGCUCAAGAUGUCCGUGGACUACAUCUCCUUCUCCGCGCACACAGACUACCAGCAGACCUCCGAGUUCAUCAACAUCUUGAAGCCGCCGCAUGUUGUGCUGGUCCACGGCGAGCAGAACGAGAUGUCCCGGCUGAAGGCGGCGCUGCAGCGCGAGCACCGCGGCCGCCUCGCCAUCCACACGCCGCGGAACACGCAGCAGCUGGCGCUCACCUUCCGCGGGGACAAGACCGCCAAGGUGAUGGGUUCACUAGCCAUGGAGCCCCCGGAGCCGGGGCGGCAUCUGCAGGGCAUCCUCGUCAAGAGGAACUUCAACUACCACAUUCUGGCGCCGGCAGACCUCAACAAAUACACAGAGUUAAGUCAAUCGGAGGUCACACAACGCCAGUCCAUCCACUACGCGGGCUCGCCUGCCUUACUGCGCCACGUGGUGAUGCAACUAGCAGGCAACGUGGAGUUCCUCAGCGAGACACGCUGGAGGAUCUACUCGUGCGUCGACCUCACACUAGAAAACAACAUCAUCACACUCGAGUGGCAGGCGCAGCCGGUGUCGGACAUGUACGCGGACGCGCUGGUGGCGGGCGUGCUGGCCGCGUCGGCGCUGCCCGCGCCGCGACACCUGCCGCUGGCGCCCAAGCUGGACCGCAUGCACUUCAAGGAGUGUGUAAUAGAGAUGCUGCAAGAAAUGUUCGGGGAGGAUUCCGUGCCCAAGAUGUUCAAGGGGGACAAGCUGUACGUGACUGUGGGUGACAAGCGAGCCGACAUCGACCUGCUCAGCAUGGAGGUAUCCUGCCCAGAGGACGAAGGCUUCGAGCGCACCGUCCACACCGCCAUCAGCAAGCUGUACGCGGCGCUGGCGCCCGUCAAGCCGCCGCCGCCGCCCAGCUCCUGACCUGCAGACCUGCUGACCAGCUCCUGACCUACUCGGCACGAGCGGGGCUCCACAAUGCGCUACAUUUAAAGUUUCACCUCUUAAUUAAAAUUUACAUCAAAAACAUUUUUAAAACGAAAUUGGUGCUAAUUCCUGUAAAUACCAUCUAAUUUUAUUUUAAGUUAUAUCUGUCCUUUUCUUAUCCGCCGAAAAGGAAAGGGACGGGUAAUCGACAAGCAUAAAAUUUAUGGAACACACGUCAAUUUUAAGCACAAAUCUAAACCAACCGUCUAAAAAUUUUACGUCAGUCAAUAACCCGACACAUUAAUUUACUCAUUCUUCCUAAAAUUAAGAGCUGUGAAUCAUCCGUCCCUUUCCUUUUCGACGGAUACGAAAAUGACGGAUAUAACCUAAAAUAAAAUUAGGUGGUGUCUGCAGGAAUCGGGGCCAUUGUUUAGUUAAAUUGUCCGAUAAGGGAUUCUAAACCACUCCUUAGGCCGGGUUUCCACUGACGCGGAGAUGUGCGGAUUUGACCAAUCACAGCGUUCGAGAGCGAAAAACGAAGACGCUCAGUCACUCUCUCCCUCACGGUGAUUGGUCGAUUCCUGCACAUCUCCGCACAGUCCCGCGUCAAUGGAGACGCAGCCUUAAGUUGUGGUCACCUUUAAACUUUAAUACUGAGGACUUAGGUUUGAGUUUAAGUUAUUUUCUAAGUAAAGAUCUUAAACCUUUUAAUUCAGGUACGGGUAAACGACUGUAACGCAUUGAUGUAUAAUAAAGUUACUAUAGUAACACUUAAAACACUCCAUAUUCAUCGUUAUACAUUUCCAUCCAAGUUCAUGUCUCCUGGAGAGAUUAUAAAAAGACAAUAUAAAUUGUCAUGUUUGAAGACGUCAAACGAAAUUGUUGUAACAAUCAUACAACUAUUAUUUUGUAAGUCAUGAGUGUAUAAUGCGGAUGGAUUUCGUUCUAGUUUUAUGUACUAACUCUAAAAUGCGACUGCAAGUCAGCUUUUAAAAAUAAUAAUUGUGAGACUGUAUUAUUAUUGUGUAGUACACGUAUUAUGUAAGAAUAAAAUAAACUAAUUAUAUCGUU